AACCCGCGAGUCGGGGCUCCCCAGCCACACCCCUCGCAGGAUUUAAAGGGGCAGGAGGGCCUGGGUCGGGCCGUAGCCCGAACCUAGGGAGCGGGCAUGAGGCGCUGCCCGUGCCGUGGGAGCUUGAGCGAGGCAGAGGACGGGGAGCUGCCGGAGGCGGCCCGCAUGGGACUGGAGGCGCCGCGAGGGGGGCGGCGGCGGCAACCUGGGCAACAGCGACCUGGGCCCGGCGCUGGGGGCCCGGCGGGGCCGCCCGAGGGGGGCGGGCCCGGCGCCGCGACCGAGGAGCCCAGCCUCCCCUCAGAGCCGGAGAGAACCGGCCUGGGGCCUGAGUCGCGGACGGACGGACUGGCCGAGCCUGAAGCAGCUGGCCGCGGAGCGGCGGCGGAGCGGCCCAGCCAAAGGACGGAGCCGGGCCGGUCCAGCCCCCCGACACAGCCAGAAGAGAGCAGCCCCUGGUCAGAGCUGGAGGCAGCCGGGCCCGAGACCGAGACCGAGACCGAGACCGAGACCGAUGGCUUUGGGAUUGAUCCUCAGCGGUCCGACCUCCAGGUUCAACCAGGGACGGACAGUCCCGGCGCACAGCCCGGCGUGGAUGGGCCCGGCACAGAACUAGAAAUACGUGGGUCACAGACCCAGCCUGCGGGCGGCCAGCCCUGGGCUGGUAACCUCCGGACCCCUCAGAACGAGUCCAGCCUCCGGCCCGAGCCGGAGGAGUCCAGUCCCUCAACGGAGCCGAGCGCUGAUGGCUCCUGGGAAGAACUGUACCCCGAUGGCUCCAGGACGCCACAGGAUUUGGAAACUGUGUGGAAACAGCCUGACAUUGGUGGUUUCCCUACACAAGAUUCUGAUGGUUCCUGGUCACAGCCUGGUGCUGAUGGUGCCCAGACACCAGAUACUGAUGGACCCCAGACAGAGCUUGAGACAGACUGCCUUUUGGAGGAGCCCGGCCAAGAUGGCCCAUUAGUGGAACCAGAACCUGGGGAGUCGGUGACUCACCUGUACUCUCACCUGGAGUGUACCUCCCUGACCCCUGUGCCCCGGCUCAUCAUCACUCCUGAAACCCCUGAGCCUGAGGCUCAGCCAGUGGGACCCCGCUCCAGGGUUGACGGGAGCAGUGGCGGCUUCUCCUCUGCCUCCUCUUUCGACGACGAGUCUGAGGAUGACGUGGUGGCCGGGGGUGGAGGUGCCAGCGACCCCGAGGACAGGUCUGGGAACAAAUCCUGGAAGAAACUGAAGACCGUUCUGAAGUACUCGCCCUUCGUGGUCUCCUUCCGCAAACACUACCCUUGGGUCCAGCUCUCUGGACAUGCUGGUGAGAGCAGGCCCAGGGCUGGGCUGGGCUACUCUCUGCAGUUUAGUCUUCCCAUCUGGAAAAUGGACUUGGGGACAGUCUCCACCUCAUGGGGCUCUCUGAGACGUGCUUAUGCCUGGGCCGGGCUGUUCCCUCCGACCCUGGUGUUUGUGGAAAAGCCACACCUGGGGGAUGCGUGA